GGAUCUGAUCCUUACCACACUCACGUGCAUUUUGUCGAGCUAAGACUACUUACAUGUACGACAAGGUUCUUCGAAUGUUCUGUCGUCGCGAGCUGAGACAGAUUCUUCGUCCUUGGAGUCCAAAAUCAAGAUGCGAGUGAAUCAAGUUGCUGCGGGAUGUUUGCUGGUACCGAAUCUUGUCACUGCGCAGAUCGACCGGAAACAUGUUGUAUCAAGUUUCAACAUUCUCCGUACCAACCUGAUCGAUAACGAUACGACUCCGCUCCAGAUAGGGAAUGGAAACUUCGCUUUCAAUGUGGACAACACUGGCAUGCAGACCCUUCUCCCCUUCAACACAUUGUCAAGUUGGGCUUGGCACAAUGAUUCACUUCCAUCAAAUGGUGAUUUACCAUCCGACUACCAUGGUGUCGCACGGGAGACAUACGGUCGCCAAGUCUACUACGACUUGCCGGACCCCAGUCUCAAGCAAGCAACUCAAUGGCUGAUUGGCAACCCGAAUCGUAUAAACCUAGGACGCAUAGGGCUCACCUACAAAGGCGUUAAAAUCUCUCCGUCUCAAAUCACGCAACCUAAGCAGGUUCUAGAUCUUUGGAAUGGCGUUAUUACGUCGACGUUCCAAGUUGAUGGAAAAGACGUGAAGAUUUCUACCCAAGGGGAUUUCGAUGAAGACGCCGUAGCGUUCAAGAUAGAGUCUAGUAUACUUGAAAGCCAAGAUUUAGGGAUAGAAUUGGAUUUCCCGUAUCCGCCUAUUCAUACGACGACUUACAAAUACGAGGUUUUCGCAGGUGUCUACGACUUCCCUCUGAAUCACACAACCACUGUUGCGACCAAAAACCAUGAGGCAGGCACCGCAAGCAUCAAGCAUCAAUUGCAGGAAACAUCAUACUUUGCCAACUUGAGAUGGCCAGCAAAUUCAGCUCUGAACCUCACACGUAAUGAGCCUGAAGGCUCGAACUCUACUACUGCGCAUCGGUACACCCUAAAGCCUUCAAAGAAGUCCUCAAGCAUCUCUUUCACAGCACAUUUCUCGCCGGACCAGCGCACGCCACCUCUACCCUCCACCAUUCAGAAACGGAACAAACUUGAGUGGAAUAGGUAUUGGCAAGAGGGAGGUUUUGUCGAUUUGACUGCGUCUUCGAACCCCAAUGCAACGGAGCUGCAACGCAGGAUUAUUACUUCUCAGUAUCACGUUCGAGUGAACAGCGCUGCGAAGGACCAGUCGCCCCAGGAGAGUGGGCUGAUGAACAACGGUUGGUACGGCAAAUUUCACAUGGAAAUGGUUAUCUGGCACAACGCGCACUGGGCAACAUGGGGCAAACAGAAAUACUUUGACAACAUAUUCCCUGGACUCUACGAGAGACUGCUCCCAUCCUCGCUCGCCCGAGCCAAAUCCAUGGGCUGGGAAGGCGCUAGAUGGCCAAAGAUGACAGACCCCAUCUACGGAAUCAAUUCUCCGGGUGACAUAAAUGGCGUACUACUUUGGCAACAGCCUCACCCUAUGUAUCUCGCACAGCUUGCAUACCAAGCGUCUCCGACACGGAAGACCUUGGAACGUUGGGACCAGGUGGUCACCGAGACGGCUAAUUACAUGGCAUCGUACGCGGGUCUGAACGCCAGCACGGGGAAAUACGAUCUUGGUCCUCCUUCAUACGGUGUGACGGAGAACACACCCCCAAACUCUACGCGCAACCUCGCAUAUGAGAUUGCAUAUUGGCGUUAUGGUCUCGACGCCGCAAGGGAUUGGAAGCGCAAGCUCGGCCAGCGUAUUCCCGAGAAGUGGACGCAUGUCGCCGCAAACCUCGCCCCUCCGCCACAGGCAGGCGGUCUCUAUGCCGUCUACGACGGCCUAAACAGCUCGUGGUGGAACGACACAAAACUCACUGGGGACCCACGCAGCCUCAUAAUGCUCCAAGGCAUGUUACCCGACACGCCUGCGGUUGAUCCGAAGAUCGCUCUGGCCACCGCAGAUAAGGUUGCGCAGGUGUGGACAGAUGACAAGAUCCGCGGAUGGGGACGUCCCGUCCUGGCCAUCAACAGCGCGAGGAUAGGCAAUCCGGAGAGGGCGAUGUACCACCUUACCGCAUAUGACUACUGGAAGUUUGACGACGCCGGGUUUGCUAUUCGGGGUGGGGAUGGGGGCACUCCAGCGCCGUUCAUGCCGGGUAAUGCUGGGUUCUUGUAUGCGGUUGCUUAUGUAGUUGGAGGGUGGGCUGGUUCGAAGGGCGAUGCACCGGGUGUGCCGAAGGAUAGAGGAUGGGUCGUAAAGCAUGAGGGGUUAAGAAAGGCUCUCUGAUCGUCAAGAGCUCGGCGUUGUGAGGUGUAUGAUUCUCUGCUACGCAAGUGUGGACCAUGCAAGGACGCAUUCCACUUGUAUUCGGAGAGACUUCGCUCCAAGUCAGUCGAACUGG